GAUUCUGAAAGUCGUCUGGCACAGAAAGGCGCGCAUAUUUGAAUUCGCUUGCUGUCGAUCAGCUGGUAGACUCAUGAGUACCGCAUGUGCAAAUCGAAGCUUGGUUUAAAUUUUGAUUCGUAAACGAAAAAGGUGUCGGGUACUGUUCCAACAACAGCUUCAAAUGAGACAAUAAGUGCUAGUUAUCUAUAUCUAAAGGUGUCAUUAGGUUUCAAACAUGGCCGAAAACAAGAUAUCCAAGAAGGAAAAAGGGCUUGACAAGAGCAAGGAGAACCUAGCAGCAUUGGUCGAAGCUACUCCGUUGCUUGAAUAUCAUAAAGAAGCACUUACUGAGAUAAUUGAUAAGGAUGCUCUACUCAUAACGGCCAGGGGUCUUGGGAUCCAUGAAAUUCUCCAUUCGCUUAUCCGUGUCUACCACGCACCCGAAAACCUUGUCAUCAUACUGGGAACUGAAACAGACCAAGAGAUAUGGAUACGGCACCGUUUAGAGAGAAGUGGUAUGAAAAAUACACCGAAAUGGAUUACCUCAGACGCGUUCGACGUUCCCGCGCGCACUAAACUUUAUAAAGAAGGUGGGGUUUUAUUCGUAACAUCUCGUAUCCUUAUUGGCGACUUGCUUCAUAAAAGAUUGCCAGCGGAACAUGUUACGGGAUUCAUAAUAAAUAAUGCUGAAACUGUGCAGCAUUCACAGCAAGAUAUGUUCAUCCUUCGACUUUAUCGAGACAAAAAUCGAACGGGUUUCGUGAAGGCCCUGUCGUCAUGUGCCGCGGCAUUCACACAGGACUUUAUGCAACUCAACAGGAUAAUGCCUAAGUUGUUUGUCCGCCACCUUCUAUUAUAUCCUCGGUUCCAUCAAACUGUAAAGGACGAUCUAGCUGUUGUUAGCCCAACAGUAUACGAAACGUCUGUGCCGUUAACCACUUUGAUGGAACAGAUUCAGUUUGCUCUUAUGGAAUUAAUAGAAAUCACCAUUCGCGAUAUCAAGAAGCUGAAUCAGACCUUAAAUAUAGAAGAAUUAAACACAAACAACGUUUUGGGUAAAUCGUUUUUUGCUAUAAUUCGGACAUACAUCGAUCCCCAGUGGCAUCUUCUAUCAUCACGCGUCCGCCGUAGCAUCGGAGAUUUGCGCAACUUAAAGAAAAUGAUAGAGCGUGUUGACAUCUACACCAUUUUGAUCAACAGUGGCGUGACGUGCUACGAUCCAGUUACCUACCUACAUUUGCUCCGGCAGAUUUGGGCGCAUCGGAGUCAUGGCCACGAAGGACAGUCUGAUUGGGCCAUGAUGGAUGCCGCGGAAAGUUUAUAUCAAGCCGCCGAAAGAAGAGUGUUUCGUAAGAAAGAAAAUAAGAAAGAUUCAAUCAAGACGCUUAAACCCGAACUCUGCCCGAAGUGGCUAGCGCUUGCGGAACUUUUAAGAACAUGUGAACCUCAGGGUGCAGUUGUCGUAUUAGUCGAAGAGGAAAGGAUCCGAAAACAGCUUGAGGAGUAUUUAUGUCUUGGUGAGGAACGCGUACAUCGGACGGCGUACCAAAAGCUCUUUGCUGAAACGGAAGAGAACGUAGAUUUUCCAGAGGAGGAGCGUGUGAAGACUACGGCACCAGAAAACAGUUUAUCUCCAACAACAUUUCUGGUAUCGGUAUCUGCAUCGAAUCCCUUUGCUUUUGAAGAGCUUCUCGUUGAGGUUCGUCCACGGAGCGUUAUUCUUUUUGAUCUUCAUUUAAGCGCCGUUCGGACCGUGGAAGUGUAUCAAGCUAUGUUCCCUCAAACGCACGUUGAGCUAUACACUUUAAUGUACGUGAAAUCUGUCGACGAACAACGGUACCUCAACGCUGUACAAAAGGAGAAAGUAGCCUUUACUACACUGAUUCAAGAGAAAGCUUCGAUGGCAAGCCGAAACGAUUGGGAUAACGAAAUGAAUAUUGAUAGAGGAGAAAGUAAGGUAAUUGUAGACGUGCGCGAGUUUCGCAGCGACCUUCCAUCGCUAGUUCACAAGCGCGGCGUCGAUCUUUGUCCUGGCACUCUAGAGGUCGGAGAUUACAUACUUACGCCUGCAAUUUGCGUUGAACGUAAAGCACUUCAAGAUUUAAUUGACUCGCUCUGUAGUGGUCGAUUGUAUCGCCAAGCAGAGCGUAUGAGCUUACACUACGAGACGCCUGUUGUUCUAAUUGAAUUUAGUACGCUUGAAGCGUUCUCAUUUAAGAACAAACUACAGUCGGAAAUGAUUCAGAAAAAGACUAUUACUCGUUUAGUGAUGCUGACGAUCCAAUUUCCGAAACUUCGCCUCCUAUGGUCGCCAACUCCGCACGCAACUGCUGAGUUGUUUGAACUUCUCAAGACAAAUAAGCCACAACCUUCGCUUGAAGAAGCUCUCAAGAUCACAGAAAAAGAGCUAAAACAUGAAGGAGGUUCACUCGACCGUUUUAAUUCAAAAACUAUGCGGUUCCUGGAAGCCCUGCCUGGUGUUGGCACCCAUACCAAAUUCAAGAUUAUGAGGCGAUUCACCACACUACGAGACCUGUUUCUGGCCGAAGAAGACGUUCUCUUGGAUGUAUUCGAAUCACGAGACAAAACGGCCGCCUUUAUUCAAGCGGCGCGAGGGCCCUUUGAAAGGAGGGGCAAAAAGCGGCCGAUUGAAUAAGAAGUAGCAUACAUAGUGGACAAAGCAUAAACGUUUUUGCACCUUUAUAAAUUAGUUAAAUUAGUAUAAAGCGAUUUAUUACGCUAAUAUUCUUACAAUGUUUGCCAUAGGUCGAACGUAAUUCUUUGUGCUUAUUCCUGCAUGUAGACAGUUAACAACUGAUUGUACAAAUGAACAUUGACUAUACAUUCUUGUUUUAUGGCACAUACUGCAUGGCUUAACAGCGUUUUCUACAUAUCUAGCUACGAGAUGUUAAUACACAAAUAUAUAUAUAUAUAUAUAUAUAUAUAUAUAUAUAUAUAUACAGGAAUUAAAAGCUACCAGUCUUCAACACAACGUGAUAUGGUCUUUUUUAUCACGCUGAACUGGGACAAACAGAACGUACCUCUUUUAAAAAUCGCAUAUCACGGGGUGUGCUGAUCGGGUCGUUUUUCGUAAGGACUCUUAACGUUAAAUAGUAUGUACGCAAAGACAA